UUUGGCGGGGAAUACGCACGCCAUUUUGUUCCGAUUGUCAGCUUGUGUUCGCCACGAGGGAAAAUUUGUUUUCACUUCAUGCAAUGGCUGGGUCGCCAAAGGAAAAUGAACCUUUCGACGAUGCUGUUGAAGAAAGGAUAAUCAAUGAGGAAUACAAAAUUUGGAAAAAGAAUACACCGUUUUUGUACGAUUUAGUAAUGACUCAUGCCUUGGAAUGGCCUAGCCUUACAGUUCAAUGGCUACCUGACGUUACUAAGCCAGAUGGAAAAGACUACUCAGUACAUAGAAUCAUUCUUGGAACUCACACGUCUGAUGAACAGAAUCACUUAGUCAUAGCAAGUGUACAAGUCCCUAGUGAUGAUUCUCAGCUAGACACAAGCCAUUAUGACAGUGAAAAAGGAGAGUUUGGAGGAUUUGGUUCUGUUACUGGUAAAAUAGACAUUGAAAUCAAAAUCAACCAUGAAGGUGAAGUGAACAGAGCGCGGUAUAUGCCACAAAAUCCUUGUAUUAUAGCAACAAAGACUCCAACAGCAGAUGUGCUUGUGUUUGACUACACUAAGCAUCCCUCUAAACCAGAUCCAAGUGGAGAGUGCCGUCCAGAUAUUAGACUCAAAGGUCAUACAAAAGAGGGUUACGGCUUGUCUUGGAAUCCCAACCUUAACGGCAAUCUUUUGAGUGCAUCAGAUGAUUAUACUGUUUGUCUCUGGGAUAUCAGCAAUAUAGCAAAGGAAGCAAAACAAAUGGAAGCCCAGCGUAUAUUUACCGGCCACACAGCAGUUGUGGAGGAUGUGUCUUGGCAUCUUUUACAUGAGAGUUUGUUUGGAUCAGUGGCUGAUGAUCACAAACUUAUGAUCUGGGAUACUCGCUCAAAUAACAGCUCCAAAGCAACACACACAGUGGAUGCCCACACGGCCGAAGUAAAUUGUCUGUCAUUUAAUCCAUACAGUGAGUUUAUUCUAGCAACAGGAUCAGCAGAUAAGACUGUGGCAUUAUGGGACUUAAGAAAUCUCAAACUAAAACUACAUUCCUUCGAGUCACACAAGGAUGAAAUAUUCCAGGUCCAAUGGUCACCGCAUAAUGAAACAAUCUUAGCUUCAAGUGGCACGGACAGAAGAUUGCAUGUCUGGGAUCUGAGCAAAAUUGGUGAGGAACAGUCAUCAGAAGAUGCUGAAGAUGGCCCCCCUGAGCUCCUGUUCAUUCAUGGUGGUCACACAGCCAAAAUUUCAGACUUCUCUUGGAAUGCAAAUGAACCUUGGGUUCUCUGCAGUGUCUCCGAGGACAACAUUAUGCAAGUGUGGCAGAUGGCUGAAAACAUUUAUAAUGAUGAGGAUCCUGACACUCCAGCCUCUGAGCUUGAGUCAGGUGCAUCAUGAAAGUUCUUGAGAAAAUAGCCUAUCAGUUAAAAUAUCAUCUGUGAAAAUCCUUUUAGCCUUGUACUGUUAAACUAUCCUUAUCAGAAGCAAAGUUUCUCAAAAUAGUCUUGUAGAGGAGGCCUUUACUACCCUAAUUAGCGAACCCAGUUCUUUCUUCAUUUAGGAAACACUUAGGCGGUGAGAUCUAGUGAGGUUGUUUACACUGUAAAUUUCUUCUCUUUCAACAACCUCCACAUCAACGGUGAGAAUAAUCUGAGUCAUGUUAGUAAAAUUACAAUCACUUUUAUGGAAAACGGCGUCUUAUGGACUGAAGCUACAUGGUUUUUUGACAGGGGAAGCUCUACGGCAAAGGAGUCGCUAAUACCACACGCAGGCUGUUUACAGUUGGUGUUAUAGCUAUCGGAAAAAUUCGGAGUUUAGAUCAGAAUCUUUCUGUGAUGUUAGCGCGCUCUGCUGCUAGGUUGUUCCUAGUCAAUUCAUACUGUACAAACGACAUUUCCUGAUGUUAAGGGAAAGGCUGCACACCUUCCUUGUGGUAAAACUUGGAUUUUUCUGUUAAAGAAACCCUAGAUGAGCUGUCACUGUUCUUACCAAUCAGUAAGAGUGUUAAACUGUUCUAUUGAAGAAACUAAAGAGGUUUUGUUCGUUUAUCUCUGAAACAGAAGCGUGGGUGUACUUUUCAAAUGCUCGCAAGUUGACUUUUACUUUAUAGGAUGCAUUUACAACUGCAAUUAAAAGUUUACCAUCACAAACUA